UCUUUUUUUUUUUUUUUUAAUUUUUUUUGAAGGAAAGGAUAAAAAGGAAAUGAUGCAAUCACAUUGCUUAUCAUCUGGCAAAAAGCUUCACAUCCAUUACUGUCAACAGAUGUUGGUGUAUGAGUAUAUGGCCAACGGCACCCUGCGGGACCAUCUUUUAGGAAAGACUAAAGAACCUCUGGGUUUUGCAAUGAGGUUGAGAAUUGCCAUUGGUUCGUCCAGGGGAAUCCUCUACCUACACACAGAAGCUGAUCCUCCUAUAUUUAAUCGGGAUAUCAAGGCCAGCAACAUAUUAUUGGAUUCCAAAUUCAUUGCCGAGGUUGCCGAUUUUGGACUUUCAAGACUUGCUCCGGUUCCAGAUAUUGAAGGGGCAGCACCUGCUCAUGUAUCCACCGUUGUAAAGGGGACUCCUGGUUACCUUGAUCCAGAGUACUUCCUAACACAUAAGUUGACAGACAAGAGUGAUGUAUAUAGCCUUGGUGUUGUGUUUCUAGAGCUUUUGACAGGGAUGCAGCCAAUCACCCAUGGCAAAAACCUUGCUCGAGAGGUUAAUAGUGCACAUCAAUCUGGAAUGAUAUUCUCGGUUAUUGAUGGAAGAAUGGAUUCUUAUCCCUCCGAAUGCGUGGAGAAGUUCGCAAAUGUUGCCAAGAUGAAACAGAUUCAAGACCUUCAAUGGCAGAGGUGGUCCGAACACUGGAAACCAUAAGCCCUUGUUUGGAUAGAAAAUAGUAAAGGGAAGGGAAUGGAGGAAAAUAAAAGGACAUGGAGGGGGAGGAAAGGAAAGGGAAGGGAAGAAAAUAGAAAGAAAUGAUUUGUGUUAAU